AUGGCUGCCACAAAAUCCAUUGCACAACACUUAUAUUAUGAUCCAACACUCCACCUCAAUGGGACAAGAUUGUUCUCUGUGACUCCAAAGAGAAACAACUUGAUCUCGGACUUGUACGUUCAGCAGAUCAAGCAGUUCAAGCCAAACCCUCUUUCUGCUUCACAGGCCGACAUUAAGGCUUUCCAGUUGCCAGCUAAGCCUUCCGUCCCAUCUGAUGAGAUUUCUGCCGAUGCUGUGGCUUCCUACGAGGCUGCUCCUGUCGACACUGAGGCUGCCCCAACUGGUUCUGCUCCUGUUGAGGAGGAUUGGUUCGUCUUCGAGGAGGAGGAGGAGCACCACUAA